GAGGAGGACGGAGCCCUACGAUGGCUUUACCUUCUCGUGCGAUCGGAUGAUGAGCCCUGAACUCCGAUCUCAUCUCCGAAAUCUGUUUCCGCCCGCUAGAUCGCAUCGAGGAGGGCGGAGGAGCGAUGGAGAAAUGCGGGGGAGAUGGAGAAGCGGUGGCGGCGACGGCGGGUGCGAUCCCCGGGAUGAACGGGAGUGCGCCGCCGCCGUUCCUCAGCAAGACGUACGACAUGGUGGAUGAUCUGGCGACCGACGCGAUCGUUUCGUGGGGAGCCGGGAAUAACAGCUUCGUGGUGUGGAACACGCCGGACUUCGCUCGGCAUCUCCUGCCCAAGUACUUCAAGCACAGCAAUUUCUCUAGCUUCGUGCGGCAGCUUAAUACCUACGGUUUCAAGAAAGUUGAUCCUGAUCGCUGGGAGUUCGCAAAUGAGGGAUUUCUAAGAGGUCAAAAGCAACUCUUGAAGACUAUAAACAGGCGGAAACCGUGUCAGUCUCAUGCCCGUAGCCAACCAGAGCAGACUCCACCACAGAAUUCUUCUGUUGCGGCAUGUGUCGAGGUAGGCAAGUUUGGGUUGGAGGAAGACAUCGAGGGGCUAAAAAGAGACAAGAAUGUACUCAAGCAGGAGCUCGUCAGGCUGCGGCAACAGCAGCUAGCCGCGGAUGAUCAGUUGAGAGAAAUGUCAGACAAUUUUUAUGUCAAAAAGAUUGUAACUCUAUAUGGAUGA